AUGAGAGAUCUUUUGGUGAUUGGCGGAAGUUCAGUUCCGUCCCUUGCAAAGGCAAUCUGCAGAAACUUGACGAUUUACCCUGGCGAAGUCGACCUGAAGAAGUUCUCCAAUGGUGAGACCUCCAUCACCGUGAAGGACUCUGUUCGUGAAAAAGACGUUUUUAUUGUCCAGAGCGGCUGUGGCGAAGUCAAUGAUAACUUUAUAGAGCUUUUGAUUUUGAUUUCGGCUUGCAAGACUGCGAGUGCCAAGAGAGUCACGGCGGUGUUGCCUUACUUUCCAUACUCCAGGCAACCAGAGAACCCGAAGGUUUCGUUGAACGAUAAUGCUAUUGCUGACGAGGAUGAGCUUUCCUUGCCCAAGCCGGCUUUGAGACCCCGUGCUAUUCUGACAAACGCAGCUGCUACGAACCUUUUGGGCGCUGUGGACGGGUACGGAAAGGACGAUAGUGGGUAUAAACAAUGGGUGAGUCCCAACGGCACGCUUAUAGCCAACCUACUCAUGAACGCUGGAGCUGAUAGAUGUAUGACCAUGGACUUGCAUGAUCCACAGUUCCAAGGGUUCUUUGAUAUCCUGGUCGAUAACCUCUACCUGAUGCCGUUGUUCAAGCGUUAUAUCAUUGACUACGUGCCCAACUACAAGGACUGUGUUAUUGUUUCGCCAGACAGUGGUGGAGCCAAAAGAGCCACUGCCAUUGCUGAUGCCUUGGGUUGUCGUUUUGCCUUGAUUCAUAAGGAAAGGCGUAUUAAGGUCACCCCAGCUUCCAUUGGCUCCCCUAUCCUUUCUGCAUCUACCUCCAUGAACUCCACGAUAUCCACAACUACCCAGAUCAACAGCUCCAUGCUUGUGGGUGAUGUCAAGGACAAGGUGUGUGUGCUUAUUGACGAUCUUGCUGAUACAUGUAAUACCAUCACCAGGGCUGCUAGAUUGUUGAAGGAAACGGGUGCUUCCUAUGUCUACUGCUUGGUGACGCAUGCUAUUUUCAGUGGUGACGGUCUUGAGAAGAUCGAAAUUUCAGAUAUCGAUAAGCUUAUCACUACAAACAGUAUUCCGCAAUUGGAACACAUGAACGAGCUUGGCGCUGAGAGAUUCGAGGUGCUUGAUGUUUCUCGAAUCUUUGCCGAAGCUAUCAGAAGAAUUCACAACGGUGAGUCCGUGUCGAUGCUUUUUGACCACGGAUGGUAA